CAUGCAUGGCUGGUGGCUGCAUGGCCCGGAGAAGAGAUGCUCUGGAUAAGUAGGCAUCCCUCCAUUGUCCAAAUUUUUAGUAUUUUCUUCCGGCAUCCCAGCCGAUCGGCGACUGAUACCGUGAUAGUGGCGUGGGCGCCCACCGCCCGCGUCGAUCGGACGCGGUCGUCCAUCCCACGGCCACCAUCGUCGCCGGAAUCUCCCCCUCGCGGCAUCUCUCUCGCCCGCCCGCCCGCUUUAAAAUCCCCGUGCGCGAGGAAGAAGGGUCAUCAUCAUCAUCAUCGUCACUCCACUCACCACCGGAGACGGCUUCCUGUGCUUCCCCCGCCGCGUGCGGCAGAGCUCGAGCAACUAGACACCAGCAGCGUCCAGCAGCUUGAUGGCGAGCCUGACGGUGCCGCCGGUGCCGACGUGGCCACGGCAGGACGCGAUCGACCUCCACAAGGCGUUCCGCGGGUUCGGCUGCGACAGCACGACGGUGAUCAGCAUCCUGGCGCACCGCGACGCGGCGCAGCGCGCGGCGAUCGCCCAGGAGUACCGCGCCGUGUUCAACCAGGACCUCGCCCGCCGUCUCGCGUCGGAGCUCAGCGGCAACCACAAGCGCGCCAUGCUGCUGUGGGUCCUGGACCCGGCGACGCGCGACGCCACCGUCCUGAAGCAGGCCCUGACGGGCGACGUCACCGACCUGCGCGCCGCCACGGAGGUGGUCUGCUCGCGGACGCCGUCGCAGCUGGCGGUGGUGCGGCACGCGUACCGCGCCAGGUUCGGCUGCCACCUCGAGCACGACGUGACGGAGCGGACCUCCGGCGACCACCAGCGGCUCCUGCUCGCGUACCUGGCCGUCCCGCGCGCCGAGGGCGGCGCGGUGGUGGUGGACGCGUCGACGGUGGCGCUGGACGCGCGCGACCUCUACAAGGCCGGCGAGCGGCGGCUGGGCACGGACGAGCGCGCCUUCAUCCGCGUCUUCAGCGAGCGGAGCUGGCCGCACAUGGCGGCGGUGGCGCGCGCGUACCACCACAUGUACGACCGGUCCCUGGAGAGCGCCGUCAAGAGCGAGACGUCGGGUAACUUCGGCUUCGGCCUCCUCACCGUGCUCCGGUGCGCCGACAGCCCCGCCAGGUACUUCGCCGGGGUGCUGCACAAGGCCAUGAAAGGGCUGGGCACCUCGGACUCGACGCUCAUCAGGGUCGUCGUCACCAGGGCCGAGAUCGACAUGCAGUACAUCAAGGCGGAGUAUCACCGGAUGUACAAGCGCUCGCUCGCCGACGCCAUCCACGCCGAGACGUCCGGCAACUACCGAACCUUCCUCCUCUCCCUCGUCGGCCGCGACCGAACCUACUGAAUGAAUUACUCUACUGACGACGACGACGGCUGCUGCUUCGUGCAGACUCUGGAGCCAUUGCCACCCGCCAUCGGUGUGUAGCUGCUGCUUUUUAAAGCGUUGUGUGCUUCCUAUAUUCAUGUUAGGAACUCCAUGGAAAGGUUCCUUGUAAAUACUCAUGUGUACUUGUAUUCUUGGAAUGGUGUACUGGUUGCAUUGACAACUCAAAACCUUCCAGUAUGUGUAUGUCCUCAGUAACAAAGACAAUGAAAUUAUUAUUGUUCA